GCAUUUCUGUGACCAAUGCGGUGGACUGAUCAUCAAGAGCCACAAGAAGAAGGAAAUAGAAGCUGCAGUCAAGGAGCACUAUCAAUCCAAGUGCGAACUCUUCAAUGUUCCUGUUUCGGACGAGGAAUAA